AUGGUCACGUAUGGCAUUACUGUUGCUGGAGAUCGUGCAGCAUCAUUGGAAGCGUCGAGAACUAAAUCAAGCUUCUUUCAAACAUUGAAAGGCGUCUCAAGAAAUCUUGGAGCCGUCACUAGACUAUAUUUGGCGGCUUUUGCUGGUCGCCAAAUAAUAUCUGGCGAGGUAUUGGGACAGAUCCAGAUAGCACUACAGCCCAGAAACCCCAAGCCAUGA